AUGAAGGAAAGACACAACAAUCUACAUAGGACCCUCAACAAACUCCAGGCACAAGGUUCCACACAAAGAAAAGGACUGCAUAGACAUCAUCAUGCCUCCAGGUGUUUGCUGCAUGUUUGCCUCAUACUGCUCUUCUCCACUGAAAUCUCGUCUCGGCUCUGUACCAUGCUUCACUUCCAGCAGAACAAAGUGAACAAAGAGAGCUUGGAGCUUCUGAAGAAAAUGAGUGGAAAUUUCCCUUCACAAUGCAUACAUGAAAGGGCAGCUUUCAAGCCCACCCAGGAAGUUUCCCAACUCUCACUGUUCCAGAAGGAGAAUGCCAAGGUGGCAAUCCAAGAGAUCCUCCAAGAGAUCUUCAACAUCUUUAGCAAAAACCUCACUCAAAGUACCUGGGAUGGGACUUCUAUAGUCAGGUUCCAAAAUGGACUUUACCAGCAAAUUCAGCGGCUGGAGGCAUGUUUGAGAGCACAGAUGGAGAAGGACUUAACCAACCCACAAAGUGAGGACCUCCAGCACACCAGUCGGAGAGUGAAACAAUACUUUCAGGGGACAGAUGCUUUCCUGAAAGAAAUGCAAUACAGCUUGUGUGCCUGGGAGACUAUUUGCAUGGAAAUACCCAGAUGUUUUGUACUGAUUGACAAACUCACUAGAAACCUUAGUAACUAA